AUGGAAGAACAGCAGCCGGAACCUAAAAGUCAGCGCGACUCAGGCCUCGGCGCGGCGGCGGCGGCGGCGGCGGCACCGGGCGGCCUCAGCCUGAGCCUCAGCCCGGGCGCCAGCGGCAGCAGCUGCAGCGAUGGAGACAGCGUGCCGGUGUCCCCGCAGCCCGCGCCUCCCUCGCCUCCUGGGGCGCCGUGCCUGCCGCCCCUGGCCCACCACCCUCAUCUCCCCCCGCACCCCCCGCCCCCGCCGCCGCCGCCGCAACAUCUCGCGGCGCCUGCUCAGCAGCCGCAGCCCGCGGCCCAGCUGCACCGCACCACCAACUUUUUCAUCGACAACAUCCUGAGGCCAGACUUCGGCUGCAAAAAGGAGCAGCCGCCGCCGCCGCAGCUCCUGGUGGCGGCGGUGGCAGGAGGAGGCGCAGCAGGAGGAGGCCGGGUUGAGCGCGACAGAGGCCAGACCGGCACAGGUAGAGACCCUGUCCACCCGCUGGGCACGCGGGCGUCAGGCGCUUCCUCGCUCCUGUGUGCUCCGGACGCGAACUGUGGCCCGCCCGACGGCUCCCCGCCCGCAGCCGCCACUGGCGCGGGCGCGUCUAAAGCUGGGAACCCGUCUGCUGCUGCAGCGGCGGCGGCGGCUGCGGCGGCGGCGGCGGCAGCGGCCGUGGCGGCGGCAGCAGCGGCCAAGCCCUCGGAUGGCGGCGGCGGCAGUGGAGGUGGUGCCGGGAGCCCGGGCGCGCAGGGCGCCAAAUACCCGGAGCACGGCAACCCGGCCAUCCUGCUUAUGGGCUCAGCCAACGGCGGGCCCGUGGUCAAAACUGACUCGCAGCAGCCCCUAGUCUGGCCCGCCUGGGUCUACUGCACGCGGUAUUCGGAUCGCCCGUCCUCCGGUCCGCGCACCAGGAAGCUGAAGAAGAAGAAGAACGAGAAGGAGGACAAGCGGCCCCGGACGGCGUUCACGGCUGAGCAGCUGCAGAGACUCAAGGCGGAAUUCCAGGCGAACCGCUACAUCACCGAGCAGCGGCGGCAGACCCUGGCCCAGGAGCUCAGCCUCAACGAGUCCCAGAUCAAGAUCUGGUUCCAGAACAAGCGGGCCAAGAUCAAGAAAGCCACCGGCAUCAAGAACGGCCUGGCGCUGCACCUCAUGGCGCAGGGACUGUACAACCACUCCACCACCACCGUCCAGGACAAAGACGAGAGCGAGUAG